GCUCCGCCGGGGUGGCGGCGUUGAUGCGCCCGACUCCAGAACGCUGGGCUAGUGCCUGCGCUGCGCGGACUCCAGGGAGCAAGCGGAGGACUGCGUGGCGGGUUGGGUAGGACCUGAACCGCUAAAAGCGGAACCGCCUCCCGCCCUCGCUCCAGCCGCCCGCCCGAAGCUGAGUCGCCGGCAGCUGAGUCCCUGGCGGAGGACGGACCAGGGAGUUUCCUCUCGCACUGGAUGGAGCUGAACUUUGGGCGCCCAGAGCAGCGCGGCCGUCCGCGGAUCGCUGCAUGCUGAGCUCCCUCGGCGAGACCCAGCGGCAGCUCGGGAUUUUCGGGGGGGCGGGGACCAGCUGCGCGCCGGCACCAUGUUCCUGGCGACCCUGUACUUCGCACUGCCGCUUCUGGACGUGCUCCUGUCGGCCGAGGUGAGCGGCGGGGACCGCUUGGACUGUGUGAAAGCCAGCGACCAGUGCCUGAAGGAGCAGAGCUGCAGCACCAAGUACCGCACGCUGAGGCAGUGCGUGGCGGGCAAGGAGACCAACUUCAGCCUGACCUCGGGCCUGGAGGCCAAGGACGAGUGCCGCAGCGCCAUGGAGGCCCUCAAACAGAAGUCGCUCUACAACUGCCGCUGCAAGCGGGGUAUGAAGAAGGAGAAGAACUGCCUGCGCAUCUACUGGAGCAUGUACCAGAGCCUGCAGGGAAAUGAUCUGCUUGAAGAUUCCCCUUAUGAACCAGUUAACAGCAGAUUGUCUGAUAUAUUCCGGGUGGUCCCAUUCAUACCAGAUGUUUUCCAGCAAGUGGAGCACAUCUCGAAAGGGAACAGCUGCCUGGACGCCGCCAAGGCCUGCAACCUGGAUGACACCUGCAAGAAGUACAGGUCCGCCUACAUCACCCCGUGUACCACCAGCAUGUCCAACGAGGUCUGCAACCGGCGCAAGUGCCACAAGGCCCUCCGGCAGUUCUUCGACAAGGUGCCGGCCAAGCACAGCUACGGGAUGCUCUUCUGCUCCUGCAGGGACAUCGCCUGCACCGAGCGCAGGCGGCAGACCAUCGUGCCUGUGUGCUCCUACGAGGAGCGGGAGAAGCCCAACUGCUUGAAUUUGCAGGACUCCUGCAAGACCAAUUACAUCUGCAGAUCCCGCCUGGCGGAUUUUUUCACCAACUGCCAACCAGAGUCAAGGUCUGUCAGCAGCUGUCUGAAGGAGAACUACGCCGACUGCCUCCUCGCCUACUCGGGGCUUAUUGGUACAGUCAUGACCCCCAACUACAUAGACUCCAGUAGCCUCAGCGUGGCCCCAUGGUGUGACUGCAGCAACAGUGGAAACGACCUGGAGGAGUGUUUGAAAUUCCUGAAUUUCUUCAAGGACAACACAUGUCUCAAAAAUGCAAUUCAAGCCUUUGGCAAUGGCUCGGAUGUGACGGUGUGGCAGCCAGCCCUCCCAGCUCAGACCACCACUGCCACCACCACCACAGCCUUCCGGGUCAAGAACAAGCCCCUGGGGCCAGCGGGGUCUGAGAAUGAAAUCCCCACUCAUGUUUUACCGCCUUGUGCAAAUUUACAGGCACAGAAGCUGAAAUCCAAUAUGUCGGGCAGUACACACCUCUGUCUUUCUGAUCGUGAUUACGAAAAGGAUGGUCUCGCUGGUGCUUCCAGCCACAUAACCACAAAAUCAAUGGCUGCUCCUCCAUGCUGCAGUCUGAGCCCACUGCUGGCCCUGGUGGUAACUGCCCUGUCCACCCUAUUAUCUUUAUCUUUGGCAGAAACGUUGUAGCUGCAUUUAAAAAAAAAACAAUACGGACAUGUAAAAAAGACAAACACCAAGUUAUCUGUUUCCUGUCCUCUUGUAUAUCUGAAAUUCCAGUUUUAGGAGCUCAGUUGAGACAUUGCUAAAACAGUUUCAUCCAACUGGAACUUGUUUCUUUCUUUUUCUUUCUGUCUCUCUCUCUCUUUUUUUUUUUUUUUUUUUUUAAGAAAGCUUCUUGUGAUCCUUAGGGCUUAUAUGGGAUCCCCGAUGCAGAGCAACAUUCCAGACUCAAAAGGCUUUGGGGCAUGCUGUAUUAUAAAGGGGCAGUUUGUUAAUUUGGUUGUAAAGCUAGCUGGGACCAUGUUUUUCAAGAGGAUGAUGAGGACGAGGGUUUUAACAACUGAACUCUGGACUUUGCUAGCUAGAGAAGGAGUUUCUAAAGAAUCUUCCAUAGCUCAUGUAGUAACUUUGAUUUCUGAUGACACGACUGCAGCCGUCGGUACAUGGAUGCCAAGCCUUUUUUGGUCACAAAGAGAAGAUUCUCAUCCAAUCUUGAUGGACUUUUGUGCAAACAAGCUUGUACCAAUGUUCACCUUUCUAUCUGUACUAGCAUUUUCCGCGCUAAUGUUUAUGUACUGUAAACAGUUCUGCACUCUCCUCCAAAACCAGAAACACCUGUCACAUCCAAAUGUAGUGUGUCUUCUAGUCAAAACAGAGAGUGAGAGUGGGCGCGAGACUUCACGGAACCUUGAUCACUGAGACAUUCUCCUGAGCCUUACUGAGUGAGAAGCCCUUAAACUAAUAAGAGUCAAAUGUAGCCGAAGCAUCGCUCUAAUAUUCUUUACACGUAUGAGGUUAUAUGUAGAAAAAAAAUUUUACUACUAAAUGAUUUCAACUAUUGGCUUUCUAUAUUUUGAAAGUAAUGAUAUUGUCUUCAUUUUUUUACUGGUGGUUUAAUACAAAAUACAUGGAGCUUGUUUUCCUCUUGUAAGAAGUGUUCACUCUGAAAUUAACUUCACGAAUACAGCUCUUCAAAAGCAGACUCUGAGGAGCCUCAUGCUUCAGCAGAAAGCUCUGCAUCACGUUACUGUGGACAGGCAGGAGGAAACGGAGCAGCCAGGCCUUGUCUUUUAUCAUUUCUUGAAAGGCAAGUGUGCAUACCCGUGAGGAAGCCAGUGGCCACUUGUAAAUUUCUGCACCGUCUAAUGGCACCCUUGCCAGUUGACACAAACCAGUACCUUGGUUUUCACGUUACCUGACAAAGGCGGCUGUGACUGGGAUGGGAGAACAGGGCGUCCUGCCAUCCCUUCUGAAGCAGAUCCAUGCCAGGGUACAUAGUUCUCUUCCUAAGGAUUGUCUUGACUCCCAGCCUUGAUGGCUUGGCUGCUGUGUAGAGCAGUUUGGUCUGAAGGUCACUGGGACUCUGCUUGCAGUGUGUUCUGUGUCCUCCAUGAUAGACUGUGACUGACUCUGCGAAAAAAGGAGGAAGGUUUGUGGAUCAAGAGAGUCACCAUUAGGUCUGUGGAGAUGAGUCGGUUGGCACAGAUACACCGAAUAGAGCAGGACUUUGGAUAUAAGGCAUCCAGCUUGUUAACUGCACGUCAUCUUCCAUCGCAUCUUCCUUAAAUGAAUGGACCCAGGAGGGCACUUUUGAAAUGGAGGUCUGGUUGAAAUGGUGAGAUUCGAAGUCUACAAGGAUCAAGUCCUGGUAGUAGCCAUGUUUCUCUCAAACUGAACAGAGACGACGAGAUUCCCACCUUAACAGAGUGCUCAAAGCAUUAGCUUCUUCCCACAUCAGUAGAGGGGAUGGAGGAGGAAACCCAGUGUUCACAUCUCAUCCCAAUUCUCUUUGCCCAUGGAUGUUUGCCUUGUAAGAAUUAAUCCAAUUGCUAGGGUGGGAAAUCUAUUAAAUUUAAGAUGAAGGCAUAGUCUUUUAGCUCUAUUGGUGUUUGAAGUACAUUUAUAUCCAAAUGUUAAUAAACAUAAAUGUAUAAUACUAAGUACCGAGUUUUUUCACUUCAAAAUGUUUUCAAGGGAAAUUCAUCAAACAGGUUUGAUGAGCAAAAGGUUUCGUAAACUCUUACUUUGAAUAAACACACUGAAUGUGUCGAAAUACUUGGAAUUCCAAUCAUCCCUGAGAGCAUAUCUCGUACAGAGUAUAUUUGGUUUUAAUUAAGGUAUCUCUGUGUUAUCUACAUUGGACUAAUUGCAUAUAGGUCUGAUUCUAUGUAAUCUACUGUAGAAAGCUAUUGAUUACUUCUGCAAUAAACAGCAGCUCUAAUUAGUUUCAGAUGACCAAAGAGGAAAUGGGAAUUAUCCGAGCUAACAAGGGUAGCCUUCGGUGAAGACCGCAUGGAUGUGCAACACAUAAAUCAAAUUUUGAAAAGCCUCAUCGUUCACCAACAACGAUCUCAUUUUUCUUCAGGGAUAGAAGCAUCUUAGACCAGAUCGUCAGUUGGAAAAUAAAUUACUGAUUAAAUAAACGGGGGAGGGAAGUUCAGUGACAGCUCAUUAGGGAAAUCCUUAUAAAAUUAUGCUAAGCAAAUGUUUCUGCCAUUCGGGGGUGAUCUCACUUUGACGUGGUGGCCCAGAAACACCGUCAUUCGUCCCAGUACUGAAGCAGGCAGGUGACUUCAAUCUUUUGCCUAUUUGCCUUCCUCUUGCAGUGCUAAAAGCAAAAAUGGUUCACUGCUUCCUGUCCUUCAGACCCUGCAUUGAGAGUGACACCAAAACACCACGGCUGCCUGCUGAGGUUUGGUUAUAGUUGGUUUUGCCAAAACAAAAACAGGAACUUAUGUCCAUGGAGUCCAUGGCUCCCAGAUCAAGAAUAGCCAUGCCCGACUCAUUUCAGAGGGAAAAAAAAAAAUGGCAAGAUUGCCAAACUGAUUAGAAGCACAUUCAGCCCACCUUGAUGUUGACUAUCUUUGACCGAGAGGUGUCUGAGUGUCUUUUUAACAGAGCACAUGAAGGAAGAAGGGCACAAUAAAGAGAGGGAAUUCAGAACGCCAUCUGAAUAUUUAUUUUUCCACAUUUGGGUUUUUCUCAAGCCUCUAGUAGAAAAAGCGUAAGUCUUUAGUUACGUAGGUUAUUUUUCACAAAGGACAGCCAACUGUAUGCAAAGUGUACUAAGAGUGUGGUUUCCAUUAAAAAUUUUUUUUAAACAAUUCUUUAUCCUGUAUUAAGAAAUGUUUUUAGAAGCUGUGUCUUCAAGCUCAUCAGAUCAUCAGAUGUAGGCCAGGGCUGUUCCAGGGCUGCUGUGGCCUUUGAUCUGGUCCGUACGAAGAACGCUCCUAUCUUGCACAUGCUCCGAGGAUGGGCCGCCUCCAGCCCCAUUUCCCGCCUGCUCUUUGCCCUCUAGAUCAGACACUCCCAAACACUCCAUCUGCUGAGCUGCGUGAGUGGGAGAGCAGAAGCAUUUGUGAAUCAGUGCUAAGUGCGGGGAGAAGAGAGAUGUAAGAGCAGCGGGAGUCGAUAUAAUUAGCAAGUUCUUUUCUUAGAAUACAGCAAAAAUGCUUUUCUGUUAUUAUUUACCAAAUUGUGGCCUCGGAGGAGCUGUCUUGGGGAAAAUAAGUUUUCAUUCAUGGAGUCAGACAUGCACCACUUAUUCAAGUCAAUAAACUGUGGGCCAGAAAAUGACGGCUUAAAUAAAUGCACAUUUUGUCAUUCUCUUUCACUGCUGUUCUUGCCCUCUUGGAUUCAUACCCCUGUGAUCUGUGUUGCUCCUGCUCUUUGCUAGAACAAAUGAAACCGAGUGAGACCCACUGUCUCAAGAAAGGCCAGAAAGCAAUGACAAGGGGCAAGAGUGAAUUACCAAUGGCCCGAGCACAGUCUUGGCCAAAGGGCCCAUCUGCACGGAGCUUGAGGGGUUUGGAGAGAGGAAACAAAGUCAAGGUGCCACAGGAGGCUGCACGCUAGAGGGGAGUGGAUCAUGUGGUCUGAUCCAAAUAGGAAUCUUGUCCUGACAGAACAGCCAGAGUUCCUUGAAGUAUCGGUGCCUUUGCAGGAAGCAAGCCAGAGCUAGUAGCUGGAUGACAGAGGAAGGAAUUUUUUUUUUAAGAAAUUCUAAAACAACAGAACAGUUGGGAAUUGGGUUAGAUACCCUUAGAAGCUAUGUUUUUCUCUCAUCACUAAGAAAAGCAUCUCAUGUGUAGAUCUGAUACCUCUUGACUUUGAUCAAGAGGAUUGUUCUUCGGAAAUCCAUUCACACUGCAGAGGCCUGAAAUCUGUGGGCUUUGCCGCUGCCUCCAUCCUGGGAUGUAUUCAGUGGGACACGUCAUUUCCCAAGGAUAAUUAUCUUAAGAUAUUGGCUGAUUCCAUUCUCUGUCAUACUGAUUAUUGAUAACCCCAGUUCCCACCCUCGUUACUUAUUGCCCAAGAAUUUCACAGAGUCUCUUCCCAUCAAUCCUUCAUCCCAAUCAUUCUAAAUUUAGUCCUACUCAAAUUAAUUCUCAUUCUAUCGGAUGCCUGUUUGACACGUAACCCUGGCUUUUUGAAGACAGAGAAGUCUCUCUGAGGAGCCAGGCGAUCUGAAGAUGAUGCUAAUCCCGGAGUAGAAAGUUCAUCCAUCCAGCCCUCCCCUGAGCUCCCUCUUCUUAGCCCUGGGAUUGUCUCGUUGCUGCAUCUUCGCCAGGCAUCCCUUUGUUGUUCCAGGGCUCUCCGACGGGCUCCUCCUCCCUUCCGGAGACAGCACGGGUUGCUCAAUGGGAUGUACCACCUGCACUUCUGAUUGUUCUGAGAUCCAGCCCAGAGGGGUUGUUUCAAUAAACUGCCUGCAGAGAACCACAGCCUGCUAACAGUCACCGAGGCCCCAGCCCCCCAGGGUCUCCAGGCUCAUUUGACCAGCGCAGCUGCGACUUCGGCUGUCUGCCUCUGGCAGGUGCCAAUAUCAGCUUCCUGUCCCACUGCCAUGGGGAGUUUAUUUUUGCUCAAGGGCAGCUGCCAAACCCAGUACCAGCAUCAAUAGAAGGUUUUCUCUGAUUUUUCUUCUUUUCAUCCCUGGCUGGGCUUUCUUAGCAAUCCCCUGUUUUUGUUUUGCCCAGAAGUACCCCAAGACUGGCCGGAGACCAU